AUGAUCGUCCCUAUCCUGACGCUUUUUGCGUCUCUAGCAACCGUUGUAUAUUCUCUAUACAUCAUCAUCUCCACGCACAUCCUCCGCCACCGCAUGAAGAGAGAGUACGGCACCCUGCCUCCCAAGAAGCUGCCUCAAAAGGACCCCAUAUUCGGCACCGAUGUCGUCCUUCAGAACUUGGCCGCCGCCAAGAAGUUCGGCUUCCUUGCCCUGCUGAAGAAGCGCCACGCGGAGCAGGGCCAGACCUUCACCACGAACACCUACCUGAGGACCACGAUCAACACCUGCGACCCCAAGCUGAUUCAGACUGUGCUCUCCAACCAGUUUGAGGACUUUGGCAUGGGCCCUCUGAGGAGGAAGAGUGCGUCGCCUCUCCUCGGCAGAGGUAUCUUCACCACCGACAACGAGAUCUGGGCCCAUCAGCGAGCCUUGAUCCGACCUAGCUUUAUCCGGGCCCAAGUGACGGACUUUAGCAUCUUCGAAACCCACGUGGACCAGCUCAUCCAGCUCAUUGCCCGUGAGAACUACACGGUUGACUUGCAGCAACUGUUUUUCCGCAUGGUACUGGACUCAAACAGCGAAUAUCUCUUCGGGGAGUCGGUUGGCUUGAUGUCGGAUCACGCCUCCGAUUCCGCGCACACCUUCCAUCACGCGCUGGAUUACGCCCAACAGGGGACCAUCCUCCGACUCCGCCUCGGCAACCUGAUGUUCGCCCACCGCGACGCCAAGUUCAGGGAUGCUUGCGACGUCGUCCACGCGUACGCCGACAAGUUCGUCAAGCAGGCGCUCGAGUUCCGCGCGCGCGAGAAGCUGAACGCGACGGAGAAGCAUCAGCAGCAGCAGCAGCAGGACGAGUACGCGCGUACAAAGUACGUCUUCCUCAACGAGCUGGCCAAGGAUACCGACAACCCCAUCAUGCUGCGCGACCAGAUCGUCAACAUGCUGCUGGCGGCAAGGGACACGACCGCGGGCCUCCUCGCCUUCACCUUCUACAUGCUGGCCCGCAAGCCCGAGGUGUGGAAGAAGCUCAGGGCCGACGUGCUCGAGCACUACACCGAGCCCCUGACCUACGACGCCGUCAUGCAAAUGACAUACCUCCGCUACGUGCUGCAGGAAACGCUUCGCCUGUUCCCUCCCAUCGCCACCAACAGCCGCAUGGCCAACAAAGACUGCGUCGUCCCGGUGGGCGGCGGCCCCGAUGGCCGCUCGCCCAUGUUCGUCGCCAAGAACAACGUCGUGACCUACAGCACCUUUGUCAUGCACCGCCGCCCGGAGCUCUUUGGGCCCGACGCGGAGGAGUUCAUCCCCGAGCGCUGGGAGACCCUGAGACCGGGCUGGGAGUAUCUGCCCUUCAACGGCGGGCCUCGCGUCUGCCCGGGACAGAAGUUUGCCCUGACCGAGUCGUCGUACACCGUUGCAAGAUUGCUCCACGCCUUUUCGAGUAUUGAGAGUCUGGACUCGUCUGACUGGCGCGAGCAACUCACCUUGUCCUUGACCCUGAACAACGGGGUCAAGGUGCGGCUUCAUCCGGAGGCUUAG